CCCCUUCUCUGCGCGAGCGCUCCUCUCUCUGCGCGUGCUGCUGCCAGUUCCGUGUCGGCCGCGAGUUUACCAGCCACGCACUGCCUGCACGCGCUCAAUCCACCGCCGGGCUGUAACGGUGUGACUCUCUCUGGCUUCCAGAACCCCCCCUUUUCAGUCUCCAUUAACGGCCCAGCACAGAGCGAGGCGAGGGGAUACGUAACGGAUCACUCUCUCACCAAUAAUGUCUUCAGAUCAGAGUUACAACUGCCUCAAAACUGAGGCAAUGAUGAAAUCACCGUGGCAACCCUGUGUGGGAGCACAGGCAGCACUGUGACUCUAGCUUGUGAUCUCCUGACCUCUGUGAGUCGAGAUGGCAACCCACCGAAAGCACCUGGUCCGAGAUUUUAACCGACACAUUACCUGCUCAAUUUGUCAUGGAUACCUGAUCAAGCCCACCGCUGUCACAGAAUGCCUGCACACUUUUUGUAAGAGUUGUAUCGUUCAGCACUUUGAGGAGAGUAAUGAGUGUCCAGAAUGUGGGAUACAGGUCCAUGAAACCAACCCUUUAGAGAUGCUGAGACUAGAUAAAACCCUGGAGGAGAUCAUCUUCAAGCUGGUGCCUGGACUAAGAGAGAAGGAGGAACAAAAGGAAAGUGAGUUUUGGAGAAAAAAUAAAAUCAAAGCAAAUGGAGAAGAUGGCCCUAGGGCUAAGAAAGCUCACCUGAGUGAUGAAGAGGAUGAUGAUGGGAAAGGUGGAGACUACCACAGGAGUGAUCCUCAGAUCGCUAUUUGUCUGGACUGUCUACGUAACAAUGGCCAAUCAGGAGAAAGCACAGUUAAGGGUUUAAUGAAGAAAUUCAUCCGUUGCUCCACCCGUGUUACGGUGGGAACCAUUAAGAAGUUCCUCUGUGUAAAAUUGAAGCUGCCAUGCUCUUAUGAGCUCGACGUUUUGUGUAAUGGGGAGAUCAUGGGCAAAGACCACACCCUGGAAUUCAUAUAUCGCACUCGCUGGAGACUUCAGGGUGACAGCGCUUAUCCCAUGGUUCUCGAAUACCGUCCGAGGAUUGACUUUGGUUAAACAGCACUUACAGCUUUUGUGGAAAUCUCAUGCAGACUGAUGUCAAGAGAUGGACAAAAAGCAGAAAAACUGAAUGAUUGUGCCUCUGUUGAAAGUCAACAACACAAAGCUCCAUGACUGACAGGACUGCUCUCCUUCCUCUGCACUGCUUCAGCCUCUACUCCUCCAUUCCUCCCUCCUUCAUGUUCCUGUUUGACAGUUGUGGCUCCGCCCACUGGCACUGUAUCAAGUUUGAUGAUUAUAUUCCUCCAAAGCUUUCUCUGCAUGUUGUCUCUAUGACAACGCCUUAGCGUUCAGCGGCCCGUUGGGAUUAUCUGAUAGCAAUCUAGCAAUCACAGAAAGUAAGCUAAAACUCGUCGCAAAGCUGCGUCUUGGCCAGGUGACAGGAGAGAGAGAAAAUGGAGACGUUUUUAAAAUGAAGUCUCGCUAGAAGGUAGAUUUUAGAAUGUUUUAUUAGGUGUUUUUAUCCAAGAUUUUGCACUAGAGGCAAAUCCAAAUGUCUCGCUGUAGUGUUCCUGUUCUGUCUUACCUUUUACACUCUCUCUCUUUACUUUUAGUUACUUUUCUUUCCUGCUCUAACCGCCCACAUUGUCCCUCAUAAAUUCAGUGACUAUUUUUCAUGUCAUCAUUCUCUCUCUCUCUCUCUUUCUUUCGCUCACGCACACUCACUCUCUCUUUCUCAGCCAAUUUCCAUCUUCCCUCAUACUCAUUUUUUUCUCCAAUGGUGUUUUUGGCUCUAGUCUGAAGUAUUGAUGGAUCUCAUUCAGAUGGAAUUGAAUGAAAGCGCUGUAGAUGUCCCAAAAUAACAGCACUGAAAGGCACUCUGGGUAAGCAUUUUUCCUUCACACUGUGAAGGCCAAGUCUUACAUUUACCCAAACCAGAUCGUUUUCUUAAUAGAAAUGAUAUAAGAUUAACUGAUGCCAGAUAUGCUUAAUGCAUUAAUUCAUUGAAAAUUCUCAUCUUUAAAAACAGCUGAAUGGGGAAUGACUGAAGGGUUCCAGCUGCAUCUAUCUAAGAGCCGCUUUGGCUCACAGUCUGUUAGUUGUAAACAUUCUGUUAUUUCCUGUUUAAUCAGAAAUAUAUUUGAGACAUUCCAAUGAAAUCCACCUCAAUAGAUGUUUGAAUUUUAAAACCCAGAAUGUCAAUAAUGCACUUUUUACAGUGUAUUUUGAGUGUAAUGCAGCAAAAUAAUGCUAUACUGAUGCAACAAUGUUUGGUUAAACAAAAUGAAGUGGAAAACGUGCACUUUCUAAAAAUUUGUGAUGUCUGGAAAAACAACUGCGCAAGGGACAUGCAAUAAUGCAUUUUUCUACUUCCACAAAGUGGAAGAAAAGUUAAAAUCCAAUAUUUCGCAAUGUGGUCCUCUACUACGCUAUAUCAAGUCAUGGACAUGAUUCUGAGGAGAGUUUAAAAUUCAGUCAUCACGUUUUAAAUAUUUUAAAUAUUAAGGGUGUUUUUCGAGCAUUAGUUCAGAUAAGUUCAUGAUAGGUUAGCUUUCUAAGUUUGUUUACAUGACAGUGUAAAUCUUUACUGUAUGUGUAGUGGCCUAGAAUCAUUUAAAAUCAUAAUUACAAGUAAAUGAUCGUCAAACUGAAAAAGUUGCCAAACCGAUUUCAUGCAUAUUCUCAGAAUGCUUUUUGAGAAUUAAGGGUUCAAACCAUGGAGCUUUGCCAAUCCAGAUUAUAUUCCACAAAAAAUGUAUGUG